AUGGGAGACUUGCCAAAUUUUCGAGUUUGUCCCUCGAGGCCAUUCAACAACGUCGGCAUUGACUACGCAGGUCCAUUAUGGAUUAAGGAAGGGAGACGCCGCAAUGCUCGCUCAGUGAAGUGUUAUCUGGCGAUCUUUGUCUGUACGGCAAUCAAGGCAGUACAUAUAGAGGUCGUUUCUGACUUAUCCACACCUGCGUUCAAAGCUGCAUUACAUCGUUUCAUUUCACGACGGGGUAUUCCAGCUCAUAUCUAUUCUGAUUGUGGAACAAACUUCCAAGGCGCUGAUGCACUAUUACACGCUCAUUUGCGAGAUCCAGUUCUUCGGGAACUCUGUUCCACCCAGAUUCCAUGCCAAUGGCAUUUCAAUCCUCCUGCAGCCCCUCAUUUUGGGGGACUGUGGGAAGCAGCUGUGAAGUUAACCAAAUAUCAUCUCAAACGAGUUAUUGGUAGUCAGCUGUUGACAUUUGAGGAAAUGUCCACCUUAGCUCACAGAAUUGAAGCUGUGCUCAACUCAAGGCCACUUGUGCCACAAUCACCUGACCCAAGUGACCUACGAGUGCUAACUCCUGGGGAUUUUUUGAUCGGCUGUCCAUUGGUCGCGUUACCAGAACCAGAUCUGACCUCCACGCCAAUGAACCGGUUAUCUCGAUGGCAAUUACUAACCCAGUUCCAACAAUCGUUUUGGAAACGUUGGUCAUCAGAAUACCUGACUACGCUUCAGGGCCGGUCGAAAUAG